AUGGCUAAGCAGGAAUUUCAAGGUAAAAAGAAUGCUGUGGAAGAGGAUGGAGUCAGAGGAAGGGCAAGUCAGGCGUGGAAGAAACAUCGGAAGUUCAUAGAUGAGCGCCCGCAGCCCCGGCCUCACACCCGCCGCCCGCUCGGCCCCGCCCCCGGCCUUCUCCGCCCUCCGCCGAGUCUCCUCGCACAGCCGCGAGCUCCCAAGAGAAAAGCAGCCCGGGUCCGCCUCAGCCUCCCUCAGUCCGUCCUCCCCACAACGCCGCUCCUCACCACAGGGCUGCGUCUCUCCACACGGACCCCAGAUUUCGACGCCAGGGCUCGGCCUCGCCGACAAACACAAAAACCGCUGCGAGCGAAGCGGGGGAGGGGAGGCAGCGUGAGGGAGACGAGGGGGAGAAAAGCAAAGGGAAGGCCGGGAAGCAAUGUCGAGCGCACUUCCGGCUACGCAACCUGCCUUCUUAUCCUCCUCAUGGAACAGAUGCCUGAGGUCUCCAGGAUAACAGAUAACCAAAUGCUUCUUCAUCCAUACCUCCAAACUAAGCGUGGGCCCGCCGACUCCCAGCUCUCCUGUCCUCACAUCAUCCCAUGCCUGCAGGAAGUAGCCAGACUUGAACCUACAUCCAUAUAGCCAAGGAGUCUGGGAUGUUUAGAUGGAAACACCAUCUGGUCUCACUCUUCCCUUUCCAGACCUGAGAAAACCCACCCACCAAGAUCCUCCUCCGUCGAGAUCCUCAAGACUAGGAUGUAGCCCCCCUCACCUGCCACGCGAUUUCUGU